AUGCGCCUGGUCAAGCGAAAUAUCAACGAUGACGGGAGUGGGAGUGUCACGUUAUGCCCCGAAGAACCUGAAGACAUGUGGCAUGCUUAUAACCUCAUUCGACCCACAGACCUCCUCACUGCCUCUGCCAUACGACGAGUAACCACAGAAUCCUCGUCAACGGGCUCUACAGCAUCUCAACGAGUCCACACGAACCUCACGAUACGAGUCAAGUCCUUGGAUUUCGACCCCCAGGCCGGACAACUCCACGUGUCUGGCCAGAUUGCCAGGGAAAACAGGUACACCAAGAUUGGGCAAUUUCACACCCUCGAUCUCGAGCUGCAACGCAACUUCACCCUCGAAAAAGAAGUCGAAGGCAGUGAUGGCUCAGAGGGUUGGGACAGUGUGGCCCGUGCGCAGCUGGAAGAGGCUAUAGACCCUACGAGGGGCACUGAAGCGGUUGCGGUCGUCAUGCAGGAAGGCUUGGCCAACAUUUGCUUCAUCACACAAUUCCAGACUGUCUUGAGGCAGCGAGUCGAGGUCUCUGUCCCACGGAAGCGGACAGGCGCAGGGAGGUCGGCCGACCAUGACAAAGGCUUGACCAAAUUCUUCAGCACCGUGCUGGACACGCUGCUGAGACAGCUUCAGGGCCUGAUGGAGCACAAAGACAGCAGCAUGAGUUUCCCGAUCUUGCUGGCGAGUCCCGGGUUCACAGCCGCCGGCUUCCUGAAACACAUCAACGAGACCGCCGCUGCGAAAGGGGAUAAAAUGAUGCAAGACUUGUUGAGGCGGAACGCUUUUAUUGUGAUCCACAGCAGCUCCGGCCACCUCCACAGUCUCAACGAGGUUCUCAAAAGCCCGGAGGUGCUGGUGAGGCUGAAGGACACGAAGUAUGCUCGGGAAACCGCAUUGAUGGAUGAUUUCUAUGCUCUCCUACGCAAAGACGACGGGCGGGCAUGGUAUGGCCCCAGAGAGGUCGAGGCAUGCGUGGAGAAGGGGGCCGUUGGUCGCGGGGGAGGAGUGCUUUUUAUCAGCAACGCCUUGUUUCGGAGCCAGGACGUGGCCACACGACGAAGAUGGGUCAGACUUGUGGAUCGGGUGAGAGACGUCGAGGGCGGGGAAGUCAGAGUGCUCAGCAGUGACCACGAGAGCGGGAGACGGCUGGAGGGCCUGGGAGGCAUUGCCGCCAUCCUGACAUUUCCCAUCGAAGACAUAGAGUCGGAGGACGAGGACGAGGACUCUGAGCAGCCCGAGCAUGGCAGUGAAUAA